GUUUGAACUGGAUUGGUAUCGGACUCGUGGUCCUCAUCCUGAACGUGGCUGCCAAUGAUGAGGAGGAACACAAAGCUAUGGUGAAGCGACAAAUCAACAGUGUGCCUUUAGUUUAUCCGCAAGGAGGUACUUAUAAGUUGAUUAUCGGUUUAUCAGCACCGAUUAAAUCGGAGGACUACGUGAGUCUGGCCUUUGCAGCGAACUUCCAGUACCAGUAUGUGCAGUUCCAGAAUAUAAGUGAACUGUCCCAGUACUACUUCAUUAAGACUGUGUCCAGAGAACAGAGAGAAGCCGAGAUCGCUGCUAGAAAGGAUGAGAGGCUCACGUUUUAUACUGCUGUCGCUGAUAUGUUGCGAUCGAAGGGUAUAAACGGUGAGGAGUGUGUUUACCGAGCGAUCUGUGAGGCUGCGCAGUAUCCUGUUGAAGAAGAGGGUUUAGUAGGAGAGAUCAUACAUAUACUGCUCACGCCAGACUAUGGAAAGACAGCGUUUGAUGACAAGGACGAGGACCUGGACUAUCUGAUGGCGUCCUACAAUGAUGCGGCUACUGCUGGGCGGCAGAUGUUCAACUGUGCUUCCAUCUACUCCGGAUGUCCAGAGGGCCAGGGUCUGAUGGAGAUGUUCAGCGUGCUCAGAGACGAAUAA